AAUACCUGAUAAAUGGAAAACAAAAACAAUGUGACAGAAUUCAUCCUUUUGGGUAUUACAGAGAACCCAGAGCUGAGGAAAAUAUUUUCUGCUGUGUUUCUAAUCAUGUAUGUUGCUACUCUUUUGGGACACUUACUCAUUAUAGUAACCUUAAUUGCAAGUCAGAAUCUACAAUCACCUAUGUACUUUUUUCUUAUAUUCUUGUCUUUUUUGGAUGUCACCUACUCUCCUGUCAUUGCCCCCAAGGUGAUUAUGGACUCCCUCUCUGAGAGCACGACCAUCUCCCUGGAAGGCUGCAUGACCCAGCUCUUUGCAGAGCAUUUCUUUGGUGAUGCAGGCAUCAUCCUGCUCAUCGUGAUGGCCUAUGACCGUUAUGUGGCCAUCUGUAAGCCCCUGCACUACACAGUCAUCAUGAGCCCUCGGGUGUGCUGCCUGAUGGUGGGAGGGGCUUGGGUGGGGGGAUCCCUGCAUGCCACAGUACAGCUUCUCUUCAUGUACCAAAUACCUUUCUGUGGCCCCAAUGUCAUUGAUCACUUUAUAUGUGAUUUGUUUCCAUUGUUGAAACUUGCCUGCAUAGACACCCACACCCUGGGUCUCUUAGUCAUCCUCAACAGUGGGGUGAUGUGUAUGGCUAUCUUCUUUAUCCUAAUUGUUUCAUAUAUAGUUCUCUUUUGUUCCCUGAAAUCUUACAGUUCUGAAGGGCAGCACAAAGCCCUCUCCACCUGUGGCUCCCACCUCACGGUGGUCCUAUUGUUUUUUGUGCCAUGUAUUUUCUUGUAUGUGAGACCUGUGGCUACCUACCCCAUAGACAAAGCUAUAACUGUGUUUGAUACAAUGGUUCCACCCAUGUUAAAUCCCUUGAUAUACACUUUGAGGAAUGCAGAGGUGAAAAAUGCCAUGAAAAAACUAUGGCUGAAACAAAAGAUUGUGGUUGGUAGGUAA